UUCUGUGGGCCAGCUCCGUUGCUCCAGCGUUCACAUGAGGAGGCGCACGGGCCCGUGCGCUCUCGUAUUUGGACACUAGUGCUCGUCUGAGAGUCCUCCUCCACCCCGGAAGGCCCCUCUGUUCACCGCACACGAUUAGCAGGGGCAUCGGUGAGGAAGAUGACGACGAGGAGAAGGCCCUUCAAGGUCCCUGAGAUGGCGCUGAGGGUGUGCGUGAUCCCCCUCGCCUUGGCCUCCCUGUGGGAGAUGGCCACCAACAAGCAAGCCGAUGACACCUACGGGGAGAUCAGCUUCUCCAACCUCUCAGGCUUCAAGUAUUUAGUUUGCAUCAACGCCGUCACUGCCGCCUAUUCCGUGGCCUCCAUCCUAAUGCCAUCCUUCAAGUCCCGCGCUCGCUACGAUUGGCUGAUUUUCCUCCUGGACCAGGCGGCGGCGUACCUGCUGGUGACAUCGUGCUCAGCGGCGGCGGAGCUGGUGUACCUCGCGAGGGAGGGCGACCGGGAGGUGUCGUGGGGCGAGGUGUGCUCCUACUUCGGUCGGUUCUGCGGCAGGGCCACCGUGUCCGUGGCGCUGCAGGCCGCCGCGCUGCUCUGCUUCGUCGCGCUCUCCCUCGUCUCCGCCUUCCGGGUCUUCCGCGAGUUCGACGGCCCUGCUGCUCAUGUUGAUUGCUCCGAGGACUCUGACUCCAAGCAGGCGCAAGAGCAAGGAGCAAGGUAGAUGAUCCAUGAUGAACAAUCACUGAUAUUAGUGCAGUGCAGCCACAUGUGAAAUACUGUGAAAUAAUAAACUUUAUAAUUGGUGUUGGCCUUCUGA